GCAAUGCAGGCCAUGUUUCAAGAAAGGACAUACUGCUGAGUUCAUCUAUUCUACUAGAUGAUAGGCAUUGUCCCUGGGUCAGAAAUACCACCAAAGUCUCCUCACACAAGUAGCCCAAGAGGAAUUCCAAACAACCCUCAGAUUCUUUCCCAGGUCUACCAAGGCUCAAGGGUUACUUGCAAAUCAGGAAUAGAUAUUUGAUUCUUUUCUCCCUCGUCCUCCAUCUCCCAUCUCUCUCUCUCUCUCUGUAUCACUCAUAUUUAAGCCCCUCUAAGGUUUUUUUCUUCCACUUUGUACAGACUAAAUCUCAUCUUUCAUCCCCUGCGGAGCCUUCAAAGUGGAGGUCUAGAUGGCCUCUCUCCCCAGACAAGUGCAGCACCCAAGGAGGCUCUUUGAGCUGCUAGAAGAACAGCAAGAGCCUUUCCUGCUGGAUGUCUACCUCUUGGAGAAUGGGUAUUCGGACAGGGCAUUGAGGUCUCAGGCCACAGUCUUGUGCUGGCCUGGGAGUGCUUGCAGGAGCCUACUUAGGCUUAGCAGCCAUGGCUGCAAGAGGAAGAGAGGUGGUGUUCUAAGGUGUAUACUAAAUAAUUUUUUGCAUCGAAAGGUAAUCUGGAAGGCUUUGAGUUGGGAGGGAACAGCUCGUGAGAAUGGAAGACGUGGGGUCUUUGAGAUGGGAACAGAGAGUCAUGUUGCAGACUUCCAUAGAUUGUCGAGUUCCAGUGCUGUCAAUGAAGGGGAAUUGGAUGGAGAGGUCCAAUGGAAAGUUUUGGAGGACUCCAACCAGCCGAGUCCUGUUUCAGUGCUUGAAUUGCAUUCUGAUGAAGCCUCUCCGGUUCGCAACCACUCACCGAGUUCUAAUUUAACAAAAGAAACUGAGGAAGCUUCUUGGGUUGGUUUGGAAGAGCUUCUUGGGUCUGCUUCUCUUCUUUCUCAGCAUGCAAAGACCAAGACGGAGUCGAAUGAAUCACACCAACUUCUGUUGGACUGUGUGAGGGAGCUGGAGGAAGGGAUUUGGGGCUCUCAUGAAUGUUUGAGCCCAGAGAGACCUAAAAGGACAAUUAAGGAGCACAUAUUUUCCUGGGAGAAGCUGAGAGGAGAUCUGGCUGACAUAACCCAGUUGGUAGAUUUAGAAGUCUCAAAGUGUAGAGAAGAAUGGAGGCAUUUCCAACCUGAGAUUAGAGAGAUUGGAAUCGAGAUAGAAGCUGUAAUCUUUGAAGAGAUUGGUGAAGAGAUUGCGUUGGACAUGCUAGACUUUCAAUGUACAUCAAAAAGGCUGUAAGUCUUAUUAUUAACAUCUAUCACCUUCCCUUCCGUUCCCAAGAAACACACGACAAAAAAGGGUGGUUUAAUUAUUAGCAUAUCAUGGAAGUUAGUUAUUUUUCUAUUAGUUAAAGCAUUUCUUCCCUGACUUGGGUUGUACUCCUAGCUUGGGGAGUCUCUUUGAUAAUACCACUGGAAAAGACAAAGUGACCUUUCA